UGGUAUCGCAGUGAAACCAACCAUGCCCACGGAUUCAUGACACGAUGAGCGCGCCCACUUCUACUGCAAAGCCGCCCCCGGUGCUGCCACCCGGGAAGGCCGUCGACAUUCUGCAGAACUCGGCCUCGCAGCUCUACGCGAAUCUGCAUCCGAUCCUGCUGCUGUCCAUCAUCCCAAUCGCCUUUGGAAGUCUGGUGUCAGAUCCCGUCAACACCCUGCUCGGCCUGGCACCCACCACUCUCGUCCUGCAAGCAAUCUACUGCGUCGUCUGUCUCCCACAUACCGGACAGACCACAACUGCGAAAGCGAAGCCAGGCCGAAAGACCAAACCUGCGAAACCCGCUCAAGACGUCUGGGCCAAGCUCGUGCCCGCCGUCCUCUCCCUCGUCCUCACCUUCUUCCUCACCGCGCCCCUCCUCUACAUCAUCCUCAUCCUCUUCGGCGCACCACUCGUCUCCCACCUCCCCCACACAGGCCUCCUCUCCCUCCACCUGGCCCUCCUCACAACACCCCAACUCUACUACGUCCACGGCCUCGAUACCACCGCAUGGCUUCGACUCGCGAGCCUCCAACAACCCUUCGAUGAGGUUUAUGGCAUGUCAUUAGGAGCUUGCGCAGGAGCUUGGUUGGGCGCGAUUCCUAUCCCCUUGGACUGGGAUCGCGAAUGGCAGAAGUGGCCUGUGACUAUCAUCUGUGGGAUGUAUGCGGGUGCAGUGGUAGGGAAAUUGGCAGGAGGGUAUCUGCUCAAGGGUUUCAAGACGAAAAUGUCAUGAUCGACAAUAUAUCAAAAGGCUUCAAUCAAACAGAAAGAAACGUAUGUGGACAUUCAAUACCACA